CACACGCUCUCUCUCUCUUCUUCUUUUACACAAUCACUAGCGGAAUGUGCUACUAUAAUGAAAAGCAACACCAAAAGCACGCAUCGAUUACAAGAAGCAAUACCAAAUUCACAAUAAUGAGUUAGAAAAAGGAAAAGUAAAAACACUGUGCUGCAUGGCAUAUAGUAUUAUGGUCCCACCCUUUACCGCAAUCCAUGCCUUAAUCCAACACCUGACCUUCUCCUAGUCUAGUAGCACUUGUAGUGACCCCCUCUUAAGUUCCCACCUCAUAAGAAUGUUACUUCUUCUUCUUCAGUUUCACUCCAGAAAGAGCUUCCAUGGCUAGACUGAAGCUUCAUCUUUGGUUCUUCUUCAACCUUUUUCUCUACUUCUUUCAUGGGUUGUCUUCAGAGUUUGAGGUUGGAGAUGGGUCUUGGCUAAGUGAGGAAGAUGGAGUUGUUAUGGUUCAGAGUGGGAAAAACUUACCCAAAACAUGUGAUUUUUCUUCUGGGAAAUGGGUUUUUGACCAAUCUUAUCCUCUCUAUGAUUCCACUUGCCCUUAUCUUAGUACAGCAGUGACUUGUCAGAAGAAUGGGAGGCCUGAUUCUGAUUACCAGAAAUGGAGGUGGAAGCCCAAUGGUUGCUCCAUUCCUAGGUUCAAUGCACUGAAAUUUCUUGCUAAAAUGAGAAAUAAACGAAUAAUGUUGGUGGGUGAUUCCAUUAUGAGAAAUCAAUGGGAGUCUCUUGUCUGCCUAGUACAAGGAGUUAUUCCAACUGGCCGAAAGAGGGUCACCUACAAUGGUCCAACUAUGGCAUUCCAUGCCAUGGAUUUUGAGACAUCAAUUGAGUUUGCAUGGGCUCCACUCCUAGUAGAGUUGAAGAAAGGACCUGGGAAGGAGAGAAUUUUACAUUUGGAUUCCAUUGAAGAUAAUGCUAGGUACUGGAGAGGAGUUAAUUUUCUCGUUUUUGACUCUGCUCAUUGGUGGACUCACACAGACAAAUGGAGUUCGUGGGACUAUUACAUGGAAGGCCAGUCUCUCUACAAAACUAUGAAUCCCAUGAUUGCAUACCAAAAAGGACUCACUACAUGGGCUAAAUGGGUAGAUUUGAAUCUAGACCCUCGCCAAACUCGAGUCUUUUUCCGAAGCAUGUCACCUAGGCAUAACAGGCAAAAUGGGUGGAAAUGCUACAAUCAGAAGCAGCCUCUAGCUGCUUUUAGUCAUCCACAUGUUCCUCAACAAUUAGUAGUACUACAAGGGGUGUUAAAAAGGAUGAGAUUUCCAGUAUAUCUACAAGAUGUAACUACGCUGUCUGCUUUUAGAAGAGAUGGUCACCCUUCUGUCUACAGAAGGGCUAUGGGGCAGGAAGAGAAACAGCACCUGAAAGACUUUUCCUCCGACUGCAGCCACUGGUGCCUUCCCGGGGUGCCUGACAUCUGGAACGAGAUGCUGGGCGCCCUGCUAUAAGUACCAUAUCGUGUUCGAAGAUGUAGGUAAGUUGCCAUAUUAGAGUUUGUUUCUUUUUCUUUAGUGUAUGUAAAAAAACAAGUCUUUUAUGUUGUCGUUUGUUCUGAGAGUUUUAUAACAAUGUUGCAUGUAUGUUCGGUUUGUGAUUCUAAUUCUCAAUACUGAACACAUAGGCCAAGGUGCUAUUUUUCUAUA